UCCUGCAGACUCUGCCCUGGCUCUCCCCUGCCCCCCCACCCCCCACCAGCCUUCUCGAGGAAGACCCCCGGGGUGGGGAACUUUUCGUAGGCGGAUGCGCCCCAUCCUCUAAGCGGGCGGGGACCGGAGGAGGAGGAGGAAGACGAAAGAGGAGGAAGAAGAGGAGGAAGGGAUGCGUCUAAGGGCCCCGCCAGGAGCCGCGGGGGAAGCACCGGUCCAACGCCAGCGCCGCCGCUGCUGAGAUUUGGGGGUGUUUUGGGGGCGCAGCUCGCCGGCCCCUGCCACCGAGGAGCCAUGGAGACGGGCAGAGACGGAGCCCCCCAAGAAAAUACCCCUGCAGUCCCCCAGCCUCCUCCUCAGAGUGAUCCGACGCCGGCUCCCUCACUGAUCCCGGUCGUUCCACUGACUCCGGCUGUCCCUCUGACCCCGGCCACUCCGCUGACCACGGCCGCCGCACCGACCACAGCCGCCGCACCGACCACGGCCGCCCCGCUGACUCCUGCCGCUGCACUGAACUCGGCCACCCCGCUGAACUCGGCCACCCCGCUGACUCCAGCCACCCCACUGACCCUGGCUGCCCCGCUGACUCCGGCCGCUCCGCUGACCCCGGUCACUCUGCUGACCCCAGACGCCACUCCUGAGACGUCCCCAGGCAUGGAGAGCCCCCCUGUGGGCCACCAGCCUCCAUCUGCCUCCCCCACUGUUCCAGAGCCGGAGACGUUGACGUCGCAGGCUACGCCCCCGCCGGACUCCUCCACGAGGAGCCCCCCCGACGCAGAGGACAGGGAGCAUUUGGGCCCCCCUGUUGGGGGGGCCGCCCAGGAGGCCCAGACCCCCCCCAGGAGCAGCCAACCCUCUCCCAUGACUGCCCCCGCCUCCGCAAGCCCCCGCUCCAAACAAGAUGUCCGGAAGGCAGGAGAGCGGCAUAAGCUGGCAAAGGAGCGCAGGGAGGAGAGAGCCAAGUACCUGGCGGCCAAGAAGGCGGUAUGGCUGGAGAAGGAGGAGAAGGCCGCAGCUCUGCGGGAGAAGCAGCUGCAGGAGCGGCGGCGGAGGCUGGAAGAGCAGCGGCUGAAGGCCGAGAAACGGAGGUCGGCCCUGGAGGAGAGGCAGCGGCAGAAGCUGGAGAAAAACAAGGAGCGCUACGAAGCAGCGAUCCAGCGGUCCGUGAAGAAGACGUGGGCCGAGAUCCGGCAGCAGCGCUGGUCGUGGGCCGGGGCCCUGCACCCCAACUCCCCGGCCCACAAGAGCAGUGGGAGCAGGUGCUCGGUGUCAGCAGUAAACCUGCCCAAACACGUGGACUCUAUAAUCAACAAGCGUCUCUCCAAGUCCUCCGCCACUCUCUGGAACUCCCCCCGUAGAAAGCGGAGCCUGCAGCUGAGCGCCUGGGAGAGCAGCAUCGUGGAUCGGCUGAUGACGCCCACGUUGUCCUUCCUUGCCCGCAGCAGAAGUGCCGUCACCCUGCCUGGCAACGGCAAGGACCAGGUGGUCCCCGUGUGUCCGCGCUCCGCCUCCGCCAGCCCCCUGACACCGUGUAGCGCACCCCGGGCCCUGCAUCGCUGUGCCGCCGACCGCAGGAAGCCAGUGGCCGGCAGCCCCGAGAUUACGCCACGCCGGCGGCCCGAGGCCUCCCCGAAGAAGAAGGAGAAGAAGGACAAGGAGCGGGAGAACGAGAAGGAGAAAAGCGCACUGGCCCGGGAACGCAGCCUGAAGAAGCGCCAAUCCCUGCCUGCCCCACGCAGCCGGCUCCUGCCUGCAGCCAACCUGAGCAGCCCAAAGUCCAAGACGCGCCCGUCUUCACCCUCCACGCCUCGCCACCGCCCGGCCACCCCCUGCCCCAGCCCCAGCCCCGGUUUGUCCCCCAAACCUCCCUCCCCCCGCGGCCCCACGGUUUCCCCCAAGGUGCGUGCCCGGAGGAAGGAGGAGGGACGGGAGGGGUCCGGCCGGGCCAACGGCAGGGAGGAGAAGAAGGACAGAGAUCGAGAAAAGGACAAAAACAAGGAGAGGGAGCCGGGCCUUCCCCCUGAAGUUUCACCCGAGCCCGCCAAGGAGCAGCGGGGGCCUGAGCCCCUGAGGACCACCACGGAACCCCCACAAGGUGGGGCUGUUCUGGCCUCAUCCCCGGCCCCAGUUCCCUCCCCGGCCUCAGUUCCUUCUCCCUCCCCCUCACCGUCCCCAUCUCCUUCUCCCUCCCCGUCGCCUGGCAAGCCCAUGGCCGGCACCACGGACCCAGAGGAGGCCGCCCGGCUGCUGGCCGAGAAGCGGCGCCAGGCACGGGAACAGCGGGAGCGUGAGGAGCAGGAGCGGCGAGAACAGGAAGAGAGAGAGAAGCGCCUGAGAGAGGAGCGGGCCGCACGGGAGGCAGAGGCCCGGGCGGAGCGGGAGGCAGCUGCGAGGCGGCGGGAGGAGGAGCGGCAGCGGCGGGAGGAGGAGCGGAGGCAGCUGGAUGAGCAGGAGGCCCAAGAGAAGGCCCGGCUGGAGCAGGAGGAGCUGGAGCGGCUGCAGAAACAGAAGGAAGAAGCCGAAACCCGGGCCCGGGAGGAAGCAGAGCGGCAGAAGCUGGAGAGGGAGAAACAUUUCCAGAGAGAGGAAAAGGAGCGGCAGGAGAGGAAGAAGCGGCUGGAAGAGAUCAUGAAGAGGACUCGCAAAUCAGAUGCCGCUGACACCAAGAAGAAAGAGGACCAGAAGAUCCCCAACGGGAAGGAGGCCAAAGCUGAGACAGACACCAAUCCAGAGGCCGGGAAGGUGGCCGAGUCCCCAGUCAAGGGUUCGGAGAAGGAGAUGAUACCAGAGGAGCCUUCCUCUGAAAACCUGCAGUGGAGUGCCCCUAACAAGGAGGUGGGACCACUGGUGAAUGGCCUGCAGCCCUCCCACCUCCACCAGGAGAAUGGCUUCUCACCCAAGGGUACCACCCUGGGCCGAGAGGCCGGAGACAAGGGCAUGAGUCGCCCCCCGGAGCCUCUGCUGCCCUUCGCCGAGGCCGAGCCCUUCCUCAAGCAGCCCGUGGUGCAGCCUCCCCAGGUCACAGGAGUGCUCUAGGAAGAGUCUCCCUCGGCCUUCUGGAGUGCUGUGCUUCUCACUCAAGCUUGGGGUGGGAGGAGGUACGUGGUGGGGGAAGGCUGGGCUCCUGCUGGGUCCGUCCCUCACCCGGGCCCCAACAAGUGCCAACCUCAGGAGGAGGAAGAGGAGGAGGAGGAGGAAGAGGAGGCAACAGAAACCACCCAGAGGCCUGGGCAGGGGACGACAGGAGCUGGGUGAUGGGGCGAUCCUUUCUGUUGUUUUUAAUCUGCACCUUAUAUGACUGACCACCUCCUCAGCCUCUGCCCCGAGAGAGAGCCCUUCCCUCCCCUCUAGUUCCCUCCACCCCAGGGGUCUCCACUGUAGUUAUUUAACUUUUGCUCUUUGAAGCGACUGCUGGGUACAAUGUAUGUGAAUAAUGUAAAUAGCAGCCCGUCCUCUACCUGGCCAAGGACCCUUGUCCUUCCCAAACCCAACCCGCCCCCUUUCUCUUGGCCCCACAUCCGAGAAGACAGAAGCAGGAUGUCACAGUGGGGCUGUUUCUACCUAAUUUAACUUUACCCGAGAGGCCCCCCCCCCCCCCCAAUUCUUGCUCCAGUCGAGGAGGGGGAGCUAGAACCCAUUGAUCCCUGCACCCAGGCCCCUUCCUGCUGCCCACCUGCCUGCCCAUCCCUGGGGGGGCCAGUGUUAUUGCAUCUGAACAAACUUCUCCAGAAAUAAAGCGAGAAUCAGCCGUG